AUGGCUCCAGAUCUGAACUCUCUACCUGCCUCCAGAUCAUCUUCCUCAGCCAUGGGACGCGCAUUAUCAAGCUCGGGAGAGUCUGCACCAUUAGCAUUACGGGGACAAAGUCCCUCCCCCUCACCGCGCUCCACUUCAAUUUCACUUCAAGCCGCCGCCGCCGUUAAUGCUGGUUUACAACAAGAAGACUCUAGAGCCGUACCCCGAUCGGCCAGCAACUCCGCCCCACGCAAUCGACAGCCAUCAUACACGGGCCGCAGACGCUCUGCUGUGCUCGUGAAUCUCCAACUCAAUGAUCCAAAUCUACCAUCUCCAGGCGAAAUGAUUACCGAAGGACAUACAGCUUCAUAUCGUACAUCCAGUCCACAUUCUAUGACUGGUUCACCCCUCAUUCCCAGCGGGGAUCCUCACCACAACCGUAACCCUAGCCUGGGCGAAAUACAUCAAGAGAUAGAACAGGAGCAAGAAGCGCAAGUCAACCGCCUUCUUCAGAUGAUACGUAACCAACAACAACAUCUCCAACAACUUCAAGCAGCAAGCGGCCAAUCCUCGAACCCUGCUGUCAUCGACGAGUCUACACCAACAUCAGAGCGGUCGCUGUCGUUCACCAAUGCCCCUACUCCCCAGCCACAAUCAUCUACAUCCACCCCCCGUUCGCCAUCUACGGUUCUUCAUCCUCAUACCUCUUUCGAUGUGGCCCGAGCAGAUCUCGCACAGCGACGAUCGCGUACUCCAAGUCAAACGGCUUCACCCCGAAUUAGAUCCACAUCAAUUAGCGGAGAAAAUAGUGAGCCUUUCAGUCUAGCAGGACGUGAUGAAAGUGCUUUCUACCAAGCCGAGACCCAGAUGAUGGUGAGGGAAAACCAGAUGCUGCGUCAAAGAAUCAGGGAAUUGGAGCGUCAUGUAGCGGAAAUUCAUGCGAACUCAUCUAUUACUCAUGAGCCUAUUACACCAUCACACCUACUUCGCUCCACCUCUGUUUCUGAAGAGCAGCCACCAACACCGGCCACUGCAGACCCAAACACGGAAAUAAAGAGUGAAUAA